UACAAACAAAAGCUCGCAUACCUCCACAUGCUCAGAGUGUGGCACCUUUAAGCCAGACUUCAUUUGCCACACUAUCAGUUGUGACCACUCCAGAAGAUAGUAGCAAAACAGUUAUUAAUGGGGGAGCUACGGUUACAAUUACUCCUUUAACCUCAGAUGAAAGACCACAAAGACCUUGUAGUGCCUUGCCCAGUCUACAAUCCUCAAGAAUCUUUGGUAUUUCGGAAGCUUUUGUUGUACCAAGAUCCCACCCUAUCCCAUCUUCAGUUAGUAAAAUUACUCUUCCAGUGUCAGUGACAGUUAUGCUGGAAUCUCACCACAAAUCACUGACAUCUGUAACACAGAAUAAACUUUUAACAGAAUCGGCAGAAGCCCCUGAUCAUGUUAAUAGAAGGUCUUCCUCUUACAGUGUCCAACCUGGUUUAACUCUGAAUACUGAAAAUAUGACAGAAAAACUUCAAGCAUCAUCACCUAUACAAGUAUUUUCUCGAAGUCCACAGUCAUUUAAAUCAAAUCAGGAUAAUGUGAAACAUUGUACAUCAAGUGCUGUUGUAUGUGGUGCUGGUAAAUCUUGCAAUUUGUCUGUAACAACCCUUCAAGGCAUUUCUAUACCGGGUUGUGAUGAGAAUAGCCUUUUCAGUGAUGAGAUUGUUUCAAGCUUACAGAUUACAAAAUGUGAUAGAUCACAGAUUGAUGACCAUUCUACUUCCCAAAGUGCUUCCCAGUCAUUAUGCUCAUCAUUUUUAACUUGCAGUCUACAGACUAGCAAGUCUGACAGUAAUAAUGAUGGUGAAUGGAAUAGUACAUUAGGUAUGUUAGGGAAUAUAUCAUCAUCACCAACCUUGCAUACAUCAGGCUGUGCAACAUCAACAACAUGUUCAGUAUCCACAGUACGCACAACGACAUACUCUGUAUCAUCAACACCGCAACUAAUAAUGAAUUCAGCAUUGGAAAACAUAGAUUCACCACCAGUACACACCACAUUGCCAGCACUAUGCUCCAUGUCACUAAGACCAUACUCUGAAUCACCAGCAUUAAACUCCAUGUCACUAAAACCACAUGCUGCUUUACAAAUACCACAUUCCACUUCUACAACACUGCACUCCACAUCACAAGUGAAACAAUGUGCAUCACCCACACCAUACUCCACAUCAACAUCACGACACUCUGCAUCACCGGGGCCACACAGUGCAUCACCAGUGCCACACACUGCAUCACUGAGGCCACAUUCUGCAUCACCGACGCCACAUUCUGCAUCACUGACGCCACACACUUUAUCACUGAUGCCAGACUCUGCAUCACCCACACUGUACUCCACAUCAACAGCACUGCACACUGCAUCACCAACACUGCACACUGCAUUACCGACGCCACACACUGCAUCAGUGAUGUCACACUCUGCAUCACUGAUGCCACACACUGCAUCACCUACACUGUGCUCCACAUCAACAUCACGACACUCUACAUCACCGGGGCCACACAGUGCAUCACCAGUGCCACACACUUUAUCACUGAUGCCACACUCUGCAUCACCCACACUGUACUCCACAUCAACAGCACUGCACACUGCAUCACCAACACUGCACACUGCAUUACCAACGCCACACACUGCAUCAGUGAUGUCACACUCUGCAUCACUGAUGCCACACACUGCAUCACCUACACUGUGCUCCACAGCAGUACACUCUGCAUCACUGACACUACACAUUGCAUCACCAACAUCACACACUGCAUCACCAACACUACACCCUGCAUCACCGAUGCCACACACUGCAUCACCAGCACUACAUACUGCAUCACCACCGCCAUACACCGAAUCACCAGCACCACACACUGAAUCAUCAGCACCACACAUUCCAUCACCAGUGCCACACAUUGCAUCACCAGUGCCACACAUUGCAUCACCAGUGCCACACAUUGUAUCACCAUUGCCACACAUUGCAUCACCAGCACCACACAUUGCAUCACCAGUGCCACAUGUUGCAUCACCAGCACUACACAUUGCAUCACCAGCACUACACAUUGCAUCACCAGUGCCACAUAUUACUUCACUAAUUCAAAAGACUGAAUCACCAGUCCCAAACACUGCAUCACCAGCACCACACUGUACACCAAUGCAGCACAUUGCAUCACCAACACGACACACUGCGUCACCAACACGACACACUUCAUCACCAGCACGACACACUGCAUCACCAACACAACACACUGCGUCAUCAACACGACACACUGCAUCACCAACACGACACACUGCAUCACCAACACAUACUGCAUCACCAACACGACACAGUACAUCAACACUAUACAGUACAUCAGAUUCAUCAUUGCCCCACACUGCUUCACUAACAUUGCACUCAGCAUUACCAGCAUUGCACUCAGCAUCACCAAUAAGGCACUUAGAAUUGCCAAAAUAUAGAGAAUUACCGAUAGUUUAUAAAGUUUCACCGUCCUCAUCUCUAAGAAAACAACCAGCACCCCAAGAAUCACCCACACCACAUAGAGAGUCACCAACAGUACACCCAGAAACACUCCCAGACUGUCUAGCAACACACCCAUCAACAGCAUAUCUAGACUCAUCAUUGCAAAAGGUAUCAUCAGCAAUAUCUCUUCCAGUAUCUUUAACAAAUAUUUCUAGAACACUCCAGUCAGCAUCACCAGCAAGCUCCUCUCUGCCACUUGCAGCUCAUGCUUCAUUGAUACCCUCAUCUUGUACACCCUAUUCUGAUUCAUAUGCAUGCCAACACACUUUGCCUGCAUCUUGUUCAUCACCAUUAUUUCUCCACACUUCAAAAGAGUGCACAAACCACCAGGCAUCACCAACCUGUUGUACAUCUGCAUCAUCUCUCACUUGCAACAUACCAACUCUGCUCCCAAGUACAGUCUCUUCUCAAGCAUCUUUGCCAUCUCUUCAGAUAUCUUCUCCUGUACUUAUGGGCAAAUCCACUGUAUCUCUUCAGACAUCUCCUUUGACCCAUUCUGCAGUUAAAACUGAAAUUCAUCAGACAUCUGCACCUGUCCAUAGGUUACAAACAUCUGCUGAUACCCAGGAACCUCAGAGACAAACAACAACAUUAAUUGCUGAUGAGAAAGUUAUGGUACUUGAUAAGACAGCAUCAGCUGAAAAAUGUUUAUUUUCAAAUUUAGAGAUGACAAUGCCUGGCAAAGUUUCAAGGAUAACUUCUCAUAGGCCACCUACACAUUUGAAAUCAGGUGAAGGCCAACAAUUAGAGGCAGUUCAGCAGUCAACAGAAACACUGAGGCAUGUAUCACAAAGGCCACAACUUGAUACACAGCAUUUGCCAGGAGAGAACAAUUUGCCUUUAAUUAAUAUUCCAUGUGAUGAACGUCCUACAAGUUACCAAGCAACUGAAAUGUUGGAACAGGUAAUGUAUUCACCUCAACAGGGAUCUCAUGUAGCUGUCCAAGAAGCAAAAAAUAUUGCUAAUUUUGGUCUUGGUGAUGACAGUGUUCAAAGGCCAGAAUUUGUUGCUCCACAGAUUUUGGGUGAGUUUGAUCCAUCGACUGGAACAUUCACAAGUAAUAAUCCGGUGUUUUUGCAGUCCAUUCUAAGUAAUAGUAUCAAUCAGCCAUCUAGAUCCUCAUUUGCUUUGAAUUCACCUAGAAAUUCUAUUAGUCAUAGGACUACCUAUCCACCCUCUGUUAAGCAUGUGAGUGUGCAAAUUCAAACUGAAGACUUUUCAGAGAAUACUGACAAAUGUACAUUAGAGCCUUCUAACAACCACUGUAAGAAAGUCUCUGAAGUUAAUGAUGACGUGCAUGGGGAUAUAACACACGAUAUGAUGGAAAUGGAAGAGCAGCAGCAGCAUAAAAUUUCGCAUGCAGAUGCAGGACAGCAGUUAGAGGAUAAAAACUUUAGUGUAAAUAGCUGUCAUAUUACUGGUUCCAGUUUUAAUUUAGAAAGUGGUGAUAAUGCCCUCAUGAAGGAAUCUAAAAGUACAGUGGAAGGAAGAGCUGAAAUUGAAUAUUCACUUACUGUAAAGGGUGAAUAUUCAAGUCCUCACAAACAAGAAAUUUCUUUUGAAGAUGUGGAUGAGACAUAUGAUUCAACUGUGUUUGAAGAAAGCUCUAGUGAUUGUGAGGGGAAACAGGUAGAUUCUACUAAGAUGUUAACAGACAUAAUUGGAUUUGAAAGGCAAAAUGAGAAAAUAGAAGAAACUGAAGGGCAAGUUCAUAUUCCUUCAGUGGUAGAGGGUUCAAAUAUAGAUCAAAGUGAAGUAAAAAAAACAAAGCAUGUAUCUAAAUCAGUGGAAGACAGGCGAGCUUCUCAACAAAAUUCCAGGGUGAGUGAUAUCAAUCAAGAAGAGCAAAAUGCAAAGAAUACAUCAGAAUCAGGAAAUCUUUUAGACAGCCAGCUGAUGAAUGUAGUUACCUCAGGUUUGCUUUCUAAGGCUGCUGGUGUGAAAAUUUCCCUUUCAGAUACAGCUGAAGUUCGUAGCUCACAAGAACCUACACAGGUGACUCAAAUCCCUAAAAAAUGGGCUUCUGAUGCAGUAAAAAAUGAAACUUUUAAAUCAAAUACAAAAACUAUAACUGAAAAAGAAAUGAAUGUUUUAGAGACAAAAGUAAUAGAUAUAACAAUGAAAGAAGAAACACAUUUAACUACAAAUGUGAAUGAUUCAUUAAUCUACAAGGAACUAAAUGUUGGCUCACAUUCAGAUAUCAGUUUUGUAAGGGUGAUUAAAGACGGUAAAGAAUUUUCAAGUGACGUUAAAAGAAAUGAAACCCAUUUAUUAACUAAUAAAGAAGUAGAUGCAAGUUUGUAUGGCUUUGUAUCAGAUGGUGAAAGUCAAAAUAAUAUUUCUGAAAGGGGGGCACAAGCCCAUGAUCAUACACAUAACACUCCUGAGCUUUGCCUACCAAGAAAUAGUCACAUGUUAAACUCGUUUAUAAAUGAAAGAGAAAAAAUGAGUCCUGUUCAACACAGCUGUGAUUCAGAAGAAAUCAUAGAGAGUUACAAAGUAGUUUCAGAAGUCCCAGUUGAACAUAGUCAUGCAAGUGAGAAUGAAACUGAAAAUUCAACACUUGGAAUUAAUGAGGAAGGUAAUAAAAUCUGUGCAUUUUCAAACUCUCAAGAAUUUGAAGCAACUAAAACUGCAUCAAGAGGUAGAGGGAGGAGAGGUAGAGGUAAGAUAAAAGGUAGAGGAAGGGGAAGAGGAAGAGGAAGAGGACGAGGAAGAGGGAAAUGGUGCAAUGCAGCUGAUGUUUGCGACAGUCCAGCAGCAUCUUUAGAAAUGAAUUGCUCAUUGGGAGAAGUGAACCUAUACCAAAAUGACAUGUUUGAUACAUAUGAAAUGGCUGAAAGAUCACAGGGAAAUCUGCUGAAUGAUCAGGCCAUGAUUGAUAAGUGGUCAUUCUCUACAAAUGAAAGUUUAGAAAGCUUGAGAGAAACUUGUGAGAGUGUUGAAAAAUUCAGCAGAAAUCACCUCAUCAAGAAUAUUAAUAAAGGUGAUGAGAAGUCAUCAGCAGUAGAAAAAUUUGAGCAUGUGUCACGUGGUGGCAGAAAACUGAAGCUUAAAGAUUGGUGGACUGGUCUCGUAACUGAUGCCUCUUCUCCACGCAGUAAAAUUAAUAGUGGUUACAAAUUUUCAGCAUACUCACCUGUGAAGUUUAUGAACUCAAAGGAGGCUGUGGCAGAUCCAAUUGUUUUAAAGAAAACAGGAUUGCUGGAAUUCAAUGAUGAAGGUGAAGAAGUCAGAGUAAAAACAGAAUUAAGUCAGCCAGAUAGUAGACUUCAGUCAGAAGAUAAUAUUUUAGAUAGUGGAAAAACAAUAUCUGAUUACCUUCCAUCAAUUCCUGUAUGUGAAGAUGAUAAUGAAAAUGUUUCUAUGCCAUUGGUUGUGGAUGAACCCCAAGAAACAAAUAUGGCUGGGGAACAGAGUACUUUACCAGUACCUUGUACAAAAAGGCGUGGGAGAAAAAGUAAAGGUUGUUUGAAAGCUAAAAAACAAAAGGAAUUAUAUUCUAGCUUACCUCAGUCAGAAGGUGAAGUAAAAUGUGGUAAAUGUGGUUCUAUGUGUAAUUCUAUGAAGGACUUCAUAUUGCAUGCUCAAACUGACCACAAUGGGUUAGCAAGACCUGAUGGCGAGAAUCAAGAAUUUACUGAAGAUGAGGUUAAGGAUAUAUUUGUCAGUACAAUAAAAGCAGGUAAAACUCUGAAAUGUACAACAUGUUUUCAUUUAUUUCGAAGUCCCGUAGGAUUCAUAAAACAUAAAUUACACUGUGGAGUAAACUCAGAAGAUCUUAAUGUAGCUUGUAAAAUAUGUCAUAGAGAAUUUAGAUAUUAUAGCAUAGAUGCUCACAUGAAAAAUAAGCACUCGGAAAAACUGGUACAGCCCAAAAAGAAGCCAGAUUUAACAGUCUCAGACCUUAGACCAAGACGCAAGGCUGCUGCAAACUGCAAUGCCAGAUUGCAAGUAUGGCACAGCACCAGAACUGGUGAGUGUGAGAAUGCAUGUGAUGCUGAAGAUGAUUAUCAUAAGGAACUCAACCUUUCACGGUUCUAUGUAGAGCUGAAUGGAAGUGUCAGUGAGGAAUGCAAUAAGAGAUGGAAAGAUGAUAUUGCUAAUCACGGGAAAGCAUCUUGUGUUAAUGAAGGAUGCACACAUACAUUUGCAACAAUUUAUAUGGGACGUAAGCACUUUCAGAAUUGUCCCUUUUUGCUUACUAAAAAGACAUUCAACUGUAAAGUUUGCAACUUUAUUACGACUAUAGAAGACGACAUUAUUAACCACAUCACUUCAGCUCAUCCUGAUGUAUUUACACAGUCCUUGGAAGAAAGUGACAUUGAGACAUCAGAUGAUGAAUAUGAAGACUUAAGGAAUUUAACUAGGAAUUAUGCAAGAACAGGUGGACAACUAAAGCCAUUUCUACCUUCACUAAGUUGGACACUGGAAUUUUUGAACAGUACAGUUUCAGAAAAUCUCUUUUUAGACUGUCCUGUGUUGAAAGAGAAUUGGAGUGUGCUCCAUGAACAACUAGCUGCUAAAUAUUUACCAUCGGUUAAGCAUAGUCCGAAGUUUAAAAUUGAAAUGGUGACUAGUGAAAUUAGUCAAUCGGAUCAAGAAUGGCAAGAAUUAAAUCAGUUAAAUGGAGCAAAACAAGGAAAAGGUUAUGCCAUAUUCUGUGGCGGACCUAUUGUAGCAUCUGCAUGGUGCCCACAGCCUUCAUCAGUCUCUCUCUCUUCAGAUAUGCAGUAUUUGGCUGUGUCUUCUCUCUCCUCACCUGAAGAGAAAUAUCACAUUCUUAAAUCAGCUGUUCAUGAAGGGCUGAUACAGAUUUGGGCAUUCUCAUAUCCUAUGGGAAAUGGUGAACAAACUGCAAAAUUUUUGUUUGGUAUUGCCCAUGACUUUGGAAAUGUAUGGUCAUUAGUAUGGUGUCCCUCGGGUACUUACGAUUUUAUUGAUGAUGCUUGUAUGAAGACAGAUACUUUACCCAGAUUAGGUCUUUUAGCUGCUGCAUGUUCUGAUGGAACUGUACGUAUAUUUUCAGUUCCACACUAUAGUAACGUUUAUAUGUCAGAUGCAGGAAUAUACAAGGCAUUACCAAAAGUAACACUAAGCCCAGGUAAGACAUAUAAAGAUGAAGCCCAGUGUCUUAAUAUUGACUGGUGCCGUGGGAAAGGACAUUCUUAUGUUGCUGGAGCUUUUUCAUCUGGUGUUGUAUACAUUUGGGAUAUGAGUUGUUCAUCUCCUUUAGUAAAAGUUAGUGAUAACCAAAAUAAUUUCACCUUAUAUCCCGUGAAUUCUUUUCUGGCACACAAUGGUGUCUGCUCCGUAGUUGCAUUUUGUCCUACCACAGAUGGCCGAAAUCUGUUAAGUGGUGGUAAUGACCGAACUUACAAGUUCUGGGAUUUAGAGAACACAGACAUGCCUUUAAGUAUAACACGUAAAGGACUAGUAUUAGAUGCAGUUUGGCUGUCCCAUUGGGCUGGUUGCUUUAUUGCAUUUGAUGAUGUCUAUGGUCUUACAAAUACCAGCACUUGUUUCCGUGAAAAUGGUUUUUUUGGUAUUCAGUCUCGUAAUGUACUCUCGUCUAAUGCACCAGUGUGGUCCCUCUCUGGUUCUGACUGGAUGAAUGCAGUAGCUCAGGGUGAUUCUGCUGGUGAAGUGAUGAUCACAGUACAACAGCAACUCUUUAGAAAUUAUGAAAAUGAUAAAAUCCCAUCAAAACGGAAGGUUCCUUUAUUAUCAGUGCGGUUGAAAAAUAUUUCUCAAGAUUCGAUUGUCUCUUUUCGUGUUUGUCAGGAUUCAAAGCAGUUUCGGGGACCUGAAAAAUUACAAGGAAAGGUCUCCAAGAAAAGCAAAAAGCCACGACAAGGACAAGAAUUGAAAGACACUGUUGAGGAGGAUGGUCUUUGUCCAGCAACUUAUGUAGAGUGGCCAAGAACAUAUUUUGAGACAGUGCAAAAUUAUGGUCUUGUGUUCUUUGAUCAAGACAUUGAAGAUUUUAACCAAAUCCCAAGUGCUGAAAUGGCAGAACGUAAGCGUUCGGAUAGCAUGGAACCAGGUCCGGUUGCUUGCUAUCCAAUGAUG